AUGGUGUUCCUGGGUACAGACGGCGCAGUUGGAAGCUGCGAUAGCGAUGGCGACUCUCUGUUUGGCGAAGGCGAAGCAGACUUUGACUCUGCAUCGUUGUUUGGUGACGGCGACGAUGAUGGCAAUGGUUCGAACUCCCCUUUUAUGGAUACGACCUUGCCACCGUCACCACCUGCCUCCUGCAGCAGCAGCACCUUUACUGGUUUAACGCUGCCGGCUCCUCCAAAACCACCGGCACCGCUUCUACCACCGCGAUCAACGUUGGUUCUGCCCAGCCCUCCACCAAUCACUGUGUCACAGCCAGAACUGAAUCUGGAGUCUCUUCCACAAACCCCGCCAGUCUCUCAAGGACCCGCAUCACCCCUUGCGAGUGCUGAAACGCAACGUCCUGAGCUGCAGCAUACUUUCCCAACACCACCCUGCGAAGGCGCGCAAGCUCAAGGACAAUUAGACGUUAGUACCCACAGCUUCACGCUGGCCGACGAUUUCCAAGUGUCUUGGGACUCGGAGCUUAUCUGGCCAGACUGGGCAGAUUUUACUCAGGAAGAUCUCGCAAUUGACUUUUCAUUACCUGAACCAGACUUCGUUCGUGACGCUCAAGCAUGUCCGGACAUACUACAGAACUGGGACUUGAACCUAGAGCUCGAUGCGUUUCAGGAUCUCGGCGCUCCCCAAUUCGAGCUCCCAUCAGAAAUCUCGCCUGUGGAACUCCCGGGUGAUGUGGAGAUCCGUUCGGAGAAUUGCAUGCCUCGCCGAAUAGACGGCCCUGACGGCGACCCUGAGAGUCUUGUUGAGUUCAUCCCGGCAUUUACCGCCAAGACUACCAAAGAGCAAGUCUUUCAGUCGCUCGGCCUGUGUCGCUUGCACCACACAGCUCUCAUGCGGGAGCUGAGAGAUUUCUUGUCCGACCCUUCCAAUGCGCAUCAUAGGCAAGAGCUGCAAUCUCUACAGCAGGAGGUUAUGAAGAAAGCUUUUAUCAGGCUCUCACUAAAGUUCCUCCAACACACUCUUCAUGGUUUGGAAUGUCGAGCCAUUCAGUGGUUCGGGCUUGCCUCUGUUCCCCAUAGGGCAGCUAAGUCGCCUAUCUGGCCAGACGAUUCUUCCGAGUAA